AUGGAUGUUGAAGUUGAAGUGAAGCUAGAUGAAGAAAAUGAAAAUGAAAUUAAAGAAAAGAUGAUCGAUGAUUUAAUGGAAACAGAAGAAGCGGAAGGUGAAGCUCCAUAUGAUGUUGUUCGAGAAAUUGAUGUGUAUUUUGCUCCUUCUAUUGAUCCUAAUACUAGGAAAAGUAAUGGGUUGUUAAAUUUGGGUGGAAGCAUUGAAGGUUUUGCAGCUAGUGAUGUUGAUAUGAUGAGUAAGUUGGAUUUAGAUUGUAAAUGGGAAAAUGAGAUUUCGAAUGUGAGAAGCAGUGAGGGAAAUACUAGAAUUUUGGAUGAUUUUCGAGAUACUGAAGAUGGUAAAGAUUGUCAUAGGGAUGUCAAGGAGAGAAAUGAUGAAGGUGAGAAGAUGAAGCUUUGUCAAGACGAUUGGGAUGAUUUUGUGCAAGAAAGUGUGGAUCAUAAUCAUGUUUCAUUGGUGCAGUCAUUAUCUAGCUGUGUUGUCACUGACGACGCUGAAUCCUAUCCCAUAGAUAUUGAAGAGUCACGUGGCGACAAGGUAUUUGUGGAAGAAGCUGGUAGCAACAAUGUUGAAAAUGUAGAUACUCUCGUGAAAAAUAAUGUCCGAAAUUUGGGUUCUCUUGAAAAUUUAAGUUUAGACCAAAAAUAUGUUGAUGAUUCUAAAUCUAAUUAUGAUGAAAUGAGAGAGAAAGGUGAUAAAACUGGAAUGUCCACAAUGAAAGAGGAGGGUAUAUUGGAGAGUGUUAUCCCACCAAGUGAUACUACACGUGAAGCAGUUUUUGUUGGAUUUACUAAUAGUCUACAAUUUGAUACUAUCAAAUUCGAGAACCAGGCAGAUAUAAUCACAGUUAGGAAACUCUUUCCCAAUCAGGGAGCUGUUUUGGAACCAACUAUGCAGGGGCGUGACAUGAUAGACAGAGAAAGAACAAGAACUGGGAAGACUUUAGCAUUUGGCAUUCCAAUCAUGGAUAAGAUUACUCAAUUCAUUGAGAAGUAUGGACGAUGA